GCAAGUUACCGUUGAACUCUCGUUACGUUGCAUAAAAGGUUUUCUCUCCGCCAAAACACACUUCAAAAAAACAAAUUAAGAGGAAAAGAAAGUGAUAAACGCGAUUUUCAGAAAUUAACAAGAGAGAAGCGAUUAUUUGGUGUUCAUUUGAGAUUAGCUACUUUAACCACAAAAUGGCUGCACGAACUGUUCGUUUGUUUCAAGACCAAAAUGUCAUUGACCAUGUUAAUGAUGCAGGAACUAUGUCUAUAAAGACAGAUUUUGCAGGAAAGUUGAAAUCUAGGGCUGGAGGAAGAAAACCACUUGGUGAUCUAUCCAAUGCAGUGAAGCCUAUUGACAUAGCAGAUGGAAAGAAGACCUUCAAUGGCAGCACAGUUAAACCCUCUGUUAAUCAAACACCAAACCUACUCAAGUCCAAGAACAACCCCACUAUUGUACUACAUAAAGAUAAGGAAGUUGUUUCUGCCAAGGGAAAAAAUCUUGAGAUCAACAAAAGAACUGGCAGCAAAGCUUCUAAGAAGUCAAAUACUGGCAGCAGGAGAGCACUUACUGACAUCUCAAACUCGCUGCAUGUUCCUGAUAUGAAAAAUAAGGACAGCCUGGAGACUAGUUCUUUUAAAGGGAAAUAUCUUCAUCCUGAUGCAAUUGCCGAAGAGCGGAUGUUUCAUAAUCAUGAAGAAUGUAUAAAAUCACAAAGUCAUGCAUUGGAUAUGCAUCAUUUUUUCAAGACUGCUAUACUUGGGGAUGAUUUGGAUGAUGACAUGAAAAUUUCACUUGAACAGCCUGCUUUUAGCAAACUGAAGUCUGAUGAUGCAUUCCUGGAAUUGAAGGAGAUGCCUGAAGAGUUGCCUGAUAUGCCGUCUCCAUCUGCUAAGCACGGUUCCCCAGUAUACUGCAAGAGUCCAGAAUUUUCAAGGAUUUCAAUGUGGGAUGACCCAGCUUUCGAUUUCAAUUUCACUCUGAUAGAAUCACCAAAAUCGUCUAAAAACUGAUUCUCUCCUGCAACAGUAUGAAGUACACAAUACAGUAGAUAUUGUGCCACUCUUGUGAUGGCAAUUAUUACUGUAUUCUUUUGGAGAUGUCGUUAAUGGUUGUUUAGCUAUUAUCUUAGAUUGAUGAUCUAUUAUCAAUCUUAGAUUGAUAAUAUUGCUUAGAAUAUUGGUGUAGUAGAUAGAUAUUUUGUGCCACUCUUGUGUUGGCAUCUAUUGCUGUAGUUUUUUUGGAGAUGACCUUGUUUAGCCAUUACCUUAAACUGAUAAUAUUGUUGAGAAGGUUUGUUUGUUUUGCCCAAAUUAUGUGAAUGAGUGCUUAGCCUUUUCUUGAUAGUAUUUCGUGCCACUCUUGUGAUUGCAAUUAUUGCUGGAUUCUUGUGAA